AUGAAGCAUACAGUCAUCUGUUGUGCGCGUACGAAGCCCCCCACCUAUGAUAAGUCGGGAUAUGCUAGUCUGAGAGACGAGCCUACUCUCACCUUUGUUGAGCACUCCAUUGACAUGGCUAUCUUGCGCACUAACAGCCAGAUUCACCGCGAGGCCUAUGAUGUCAUGGUGAAAUCUAACCGAUUCAUUCGACUCAAUUGCGCAAUGUAUAUGCCUUUUCUCGAGGGCUUUGCAGGUCAUGAUAUGCCAACUAUGGCAUGUGGGCCAAUCUGUUCUGAGAAGCACGUCCGUUACAAGGACGACUUGACUGGACACUUCUCCGAGACUAUACAGAAAGUGCUGAAGUCGCUGGAAUCAAAGAAAGACGAAGGACUUGGCUUCUAUCGUAAAGGGGACUUCAUACAAGCUAGUAUGUUGUGGGCAGAAGUUUCAAUGGAGGUUGCCAGCCUUCGCAGGGGGAAAACCUGGGACAAGUUGCAAAGAACCAGUGGUGAUAGUUUCAUUGAGAGCAUUGCUGAUCUGCAAUUCAAGACCGGCCUCAACGUGGCUCAAGCCACCAUCAAAGUAAGAGAUAUGACUUUCAGAAUGCUGGGUAAGAGUAGAAGUAAUCCAGAGCUACAACGAGACAUGGCAGAGUGCGGAUUGAAAAUGUCGGCGGAUGCGGCGGCUCCCGGGUAUUGGCGGGAUGGAUACACAUGGGAGUGUUCCGACGUCCUCCGAGUGAAGCUGCUAUAUCGCAGAGCCAUGUGUGUUAGGAUGUGGGGAACAAUUGAUGAGGCUGAGGAUGCUUGUAUGUUUCUCAGGAAGGCGUUGGAGCUGGUACCCGACGACCCCGUGAUGCUCCAAGAGAGGCGAAAUCUCAUGAAAUGGUUCUUAGGAGAGUAG